GUAUUACAGCAUUAACAUUAAUAAAUUAGUCUAAUACUGUUGCAAAACAUGUAAUAUGUAACAUAGAUUUGUAAUAAAAAUAUUGUAAAAUAAAGUUUUAUAAGUAUUUAAUAAAGUCAUAAUGUCAACAUUUUCAGAAAUGUUUUCACAUAGACAUUGACAUAAUUUAUCAUACAUAAUGAAUAUAAUAUAAUAUAGAAUAUAGAAGAUUUAUAAUACAGAAGAAUUUCCAUUUAUUUUAUUUUCAUGAAAACAACCAAUAUACAUAUUCAACCAAUUUAAAUAUUGCUAUUUGUAGACGAGAUAUACUAGAUUAAAUAGAUUCACAUGAAUUGGCAAAUUUUUUCAUUAUAAUCAGGAAUGGAGAAUAAUUGUAGUAAUUAUCCCAUUACAUAACUAGAGAGAAACGCGGUUAUUUCAUUUAUAUAACCUAUUUUAUGUGUCACGAUUCAAAUGUUACUCUAUAUAUAUGAUUCAGUUAUAAUUUCAAUACGUACAAUGUCGCAUCUUAUUUUGCUCAAUAAACAUUUAAUUGGUAAACGCUAAAAUAAUUCAAUUGGACUCGCUUACGUUAGAGCUAAUCUAUGAAUAGGUGUCAAUACGCAGUUUCAUAGGCGGGAUUUGCGUGUUGUUCCUCCUGUUCGAUUUUAACUCGGCUGGAAGGAUUUUUUUUUCGCGCACUUCUAACCUUCAUGCAUAUUCAUAUUCCGGGGAAUGUCGUUUGACGUUCCCAUGAAGUAAAACAAGGUCAAUUGAUUUCGAAUCGGGAUUGAAGCACGUCUUUCUCCAGCAUAGCGGUUAGACGAAUUCUAUACAUCAACAUGUAUCACAAAUUGAAUCUCGAAGUCAAGUAUCUUACUGAACAACAUCUUACCGGCUUCGAGAACUAUAAAUAUAGUUCAGUGGAUACAAGCCCUCUCAGUGUAUAUAUUAUGCAUCCAUUUUGGAAUAAAGUAGUACAGUAUUGUCCAAAGUGGGUUGCCCCAAACGUAUUAACUUUCUCUGGAUUUCUGUUUACUGUCUUUAACUUCACGUUGUUUACAUUUUAUGAUUAUUAUUUGUAUGCAUCAAGUGAUGAUAAGCCACAGUAUCCUCCUAUACCAAGAUGGGUCUUUGCCUUGGGUGCAUUCAAUGUUUUUAUGGCAUAUACUCUUGAUGGUAUUGAUGGAAAACAAGCACGACGUACGCAAACAUCAGGUCCUUUAGGAGAGCUAUUUGAUCAUGGACUAGAUAGUUGGACAACAAUGCUCAUUAGUGUUUGUAUGUUUUCUGUGUUUGGUAGGACAGACCAUAGUGUAUCUCCAUUAAGAAUGUAUUUCAUUCUAUGGAACGUGUUUAUUAGUUUCUACUUAACUCAUUGGGAAAAGUAUAACACAGGGGUACUAUUUCUUCCUUGGGGAUAUGAUCUAUCUAUGGUAGGUACUAUUAUUGUCUUUGUCAUAUCUAGUAUAGGCGGACAUAAAGCCUGGAAGAUUGUGUUCCCUGGUGGUAUACCAGUUGGUGUAAUGUUUGAAGUAUUACUUUAUGUCACUGCAAUUGUAUCUAGUUUGCCUGUAGUUCUAUGGAAUAUAUAUAAAUCAUAUAGGGACAAGACUGGUAAAAUGCGAACGUUCCUAGAUGCCAUAAGACCUCUACUGCCUCUAGCAGUACUCUUUUCGAUUUCAACAAUUUGGGUAGUUCAUUCACCUAGUAAUAUCAUAGACAAAGAUCCUAGGAUAAUUUUCUUAGCAAUUGGAACUAUUUUUUCAAACAUCUGUUGUCGUUUAAUUGUUUCACAAAUGAGCAACACCAGAUGUGAACUAUUAUCAUGGAUAUUACUACCUGUAGCAGUUGCAGCCCUUUUCUCAUUUAUCUUGCCUAGUAUAGAUUUGGUAUUCACAUAUAUUCUUGCCAUUAUAGCUUUAUUGGCACAUAUUCACUAUGGAACAUGUGUGGUGCGUCAGAUGUGUCGUCAUUUCCGUAUUCACACGUUCCAUAUUAAAGAUCGUGCAGACUGACUACUUGCCGACGAUACAUGUUAAAAAUGAAGAAAUACGAACAAACGGUCGGAAAGAGCUACGAAUGAUUGAGUACAGAGCAGACAAAUGGAAGAAACUUCAGAAUUACGAUUGAUAAGAAGAACAAAAGAAUAUUUCAAAUAUGAACAUGCAAAUAUUGGACAGUAGAUAAUAGGAGUUUAUUUGAGCAUACAACCAUCGCUGAUCAUAUAUCUAAAAAUAGAGAGAGAGUACCUGUUAAGUAAUGUUAAUAAUUCAGUUGCAAAGAUGAAGCCAUUUCCAUUUCAUGUUGCUGUGAUAUAAUUAAAGAAGAACCUAGAAGCUUUCUUUAUGUGUACAUACUCCCAAAUAAGUUCACAUACGUUCUCUCUACUUUGUCUUUUUGUGUUCUGUUCGUAACUCUGACUGUGCAUAGAGCAUUCAUUUAAAGCACGCAAGGCUUUUAGCUGUUGCGCAUCGAAUUCUUCGUUUUUAACAUGUAUUGUCUGAAAAAUGAGAUUAUGAAUCUGGCUUGCUCAAUUUUCCCACAAAACGAACAUUUCUUUCCUUUAGAGAAAUUAAAAAAUUUGUGGAGAAAUUUAAGAGUCAAAUUUCGAGAUUUUUUGAACUUUUAAAGGUCUCCACAGAAGCUUUUCUUUUGUUUCGAGUGAUUGCCAAAAGGACGAAGUUUUCUUUUGCUUGAAAAUUCUGAGCAAGUUAGCAGAUAAACUUCGAUAUGGAUAAAAGAGAAAGGGUGUAAUGCUGGUGUAAUAAGAUAGAAGACAUUAUUUAUUUUGCGUAAGUAUGUAUGUGUAUGUUAUAUUAUAUUUAAUCGGCUUCCUGAAACGAAGAAUCUUUGCAAAUAAUGUAGAAAAUGUCGUGUACCGACGUAGAUAACGAUAAGUCAUAACGAUAAGUGACAUUGAGUCACAAAUUUUGACUUAGAUUAAAUCAAGUCAAUCGAAUUGAUUAAAGAACUUAGUGAGUAACUGAAGAAAGGAUACGCGAUAUUUCAUUUUCUUCUUUCUUUAUAAAAUAUUCCAAAUGACGUUUUAGUCCAUACUCAUUGCGGAUUUUUAUGCAUUUAUGGGAAAUUUGAAGCUGCAAAAAUAUAUAGAAUUUACAUAAAGCACAAAAGUGCAUAAAAUAUAUUACUAGUUAC